GAGGCUGAUCCGGAUUGGCGGGGAGAGAAGGAGUGACGUAGUCAUAACGGAGACCCCGCCCUCCGGUGUUGGUCCCCGUUAUGUAGCGGGAUGAGCGGAGAACCGAAAAGGAGAGACACCGGAGAGGGUCUCCUGCCAGGACGUGGACAGUGAUGGAGUCGGUUCCGGCGGACAGGGACCCUUUCCUGUCACGCGGGGGGACGGAGGGGAGUGUCCGCAAGGGUUGUGACCCGUUCGCCCAGACCCAGCGCAGUAAGCUGCAGCACCGGCGCGCUCGUAUCAACCAACAGAUCAACAAGGAGAUGAGGAUGAGAGCCGGAGCCGAGAACCUGUUCCGGGCGACCACAAACCACAAAGUGAAGGAGACGGUGGCCCUGGAGCUCAGCUACGUCAACUCCAACCUGCAGCUUUUAAAAGAAGAGCUGGAAGAGUUAAACAGCUGCGUGGAUGUCUACCAGAAUGAAAGUGAAGUGAUAAGCGUUCCUAUGAUCCCGCUUGGCUUGAAAGAGACAAAAGAUCUGGACCUGACGGAUCAGUUGAAGGAGUUCAUUGCGGAGCAUUAUGGGGAAGAUGGUUCCCUCUAUGAGAAGGAGAUCCGGGAAUUCAUGGAGCUGAGACAGGCCAUGAGGACCCCGAGUCGCAGCGAGGCCGGUAUUGAGCUCCUGAUGGAGUAUUACAACCAGCUGUACUUCCUGGACAACCGCUUUCUGCCACCGAACCGGACGCUGGGCGUCUUCUUCCAUUGGUACGACUCUCUCACCGGCGUUCCUUCCUGCCAGCGGGCUCUGGCAUUUGAGAAGGGAAGCGUACUGUUCAAUAUGGGAGCGCUCUACACCCAGAUCGCGGCCAGACAGGAUCGCCUGUCCGUAGACGGAGUGGACACGGCUAUUGACGCUUUUCAGAAAGCUGCCGGAUGCUUUAAUUACUUAAAAGAAAACUUCUCGAACGCCCCGAGCCUGGACAUGAGCGCGGCCUCUCUGAACAUGCUGGUGCGGCUAAUGGUGGCCCAGGUCCAGGAGUGCAUCUUCGAGAAGUCCAGCCUGGAGAAUAAUACAAACUCUUUCCUCUCGCAGGUCCAGAUGGCACAGGAAGCGGCCAGGGUUGAAGACGUUUACACGCUGGUAUACCGGACCAUGAUGCACCCGCCCGUUAAGGACUACGUGCCGUUCUCGUGGACCACCAUGGUUCGUGUUAAAGCCGAACAUUUCAAAGCACUUUCCCACUACCACGCGGAAAACGCCCUCUGCGACUUCACCACCUCAGCCGGACUGGAAUUGAUUGAACACGAGAAACUUCUCCUGCAGUUCCACGUCUCUCCACCAGAGGGCCCCUCCGUCAGCUGCCUGCUGCAAGACCAAGAGGAGCGCAGAAAGCUAGGUAAAGCGCACCUGAAGAAGGCGCUCAUGAAACACGAAGAAGCGAUGAGAAUCCACAGCCUGUGUAAGAUCCUUCGUAAGAUGGACAUCCUGCAGGAAGUCCUGGCCCUGGCACACAAGCGCUCGCUCAGUAAAUACUCCGACAUCGACCACGAGGAGGAUUUCUUCGAGACGGGAGAGGCUCCCGACAUCCAGCCAAAAACCCAACAGAAGCCGGAGAUAAAAAUUCCCAUCUUCUCCAAGGUGAAAGUAACCGACAUCUUCCACCGGCUGGGUCCGCUGUCCGUCUUUUCAGCAAAGCACAAGUGGCGGCCGGCGCAGAAGGUUCACCUCGAGCGGGAUGACGGUGGAUUCGGUUUCACCCUGAGAGGAGAUUCUCCGGUGCUGAUUGCUGGCAUAGUUCCCGGGGGCUGCGCCGAUAAUGCCGGAGUGAAGGAGGGCGCCUACAUCGUCUCUGUGAAUGACGUGGACUGCCGGUGGGCCAAACAUUCCGAAGUGGUGACCUUAUUGAAGAAUACCGGGAAUGAUGGAGCGGACAUCGAGAUCGUCACCUUCCAGAGCGCAGACACCCAGAAUACGACUUUGGAGAAGAAAUCCUCCAUGUUGACGUCCAGCGAGAUCCUGAAAGGGAAUAAAGAGAACAGCAGGAAGACGCCGGGUGUCGGCAAGCGUUCCGGCACUUUACUUCAGUGGAGCCGGAAGAGUAACCCCAGCAAGCGGAGCCCGAACCUCAGCGCCCUCCAGCCAUUCAGCGCUGUGCAGAACAGCGAGUCCAUGUACUGACAGGAGCAACAGCGCCCCCCACUGCCAGGGGCAACCAGAGACCCCCCCAGACCUACCCCAUAGGAUUAACCUGUAGCACCGGCAAGCUGUAGUCGGGCCCCAGACUGUGGUGACUGUAUGACAAUGGGCCCCUGGCCUGUCUGAGAGGAUGAACAGUUUGCGUCCGUUCUAUCUGUAUAUAAAUGUAAAAGAUAAUUUAUACAUUUUUCUGUAACUAAAGAGAACCUGUGAGAAUCAACAAAUGUUUUGUGUCUAGAAAACCAUUAAAGUAAAAAAAA